GAGUCUUUCUCCCAGUCAGGAAAAUGUCUAGUGAUCUAGCCUGGUUGCUGAUGGUGGUCCUGAGAAACAUUGUGACUGCUGAUCAAAUACCACCUCAAGGCUUUAGAUAUGCCUCUUAUGAGGUAAUCAUCCCCAGGAGACAGACCCCCAGGUACAGACAAGAUCCUCAGGAAGUGACCUACUUGCUGAAGAUUGAGGGGGAAAGCCACGUGGUGCAGCUCAGACAAAAGAGAGACCUGGUCCGUAAACAUUUUCCUGUUUUCACUUACAGUAAGGAGGGGGACAUCCAGGUGGACUAUCCUUUCAUCAGGGAAGACUGUUUCUAUGAUGGUUUAAUACAUGGUAGACCUCUUGCUUGGGUCGCCCUCAGCAUUUGCUCAAGGGGUCUCAGAGGUCUCUUGCGAAUAGGAAAUAAAACUUAUGAAAUUAAACCUAUCCAGGCAUCUUCUACCUUUCAACAUGUGGUGUACAGACUGGAAGAAGAGGAAGAGGCUAUACACAUGACGUGUGGGUUAACAAUGGAAAAGCAACAUCAUCAAAUGGCCAUGAUCAGAAACACAGCCAAUGUUGUGGCUAAAAGUUCACUGAAUGGACCCUGGUGGACACACAUCAGAUAUGCAAAAGUAGCAAUUGUGGUGGAUCAUGAAAGAUAUGUCCAGUUUGACAGAAAUGAAACUCUUGUUGCUAUGCAACUGUUGGAUAUUAUCCAUAUUGCAAAUUCAAUUUAUGCUCCACUUGGUGUUCAUGUAUCCCUGGUUGGGAUGGAAAUAUGGUCUGAAAAAAACCUCAUUCCAAUUGCUGAUAACUUGGAAACUGUGCUUAGUGAUUUCAAUCAGUGGAGACAAAAUAUGUUUGCACCACGUCUGGAGCAUGAUGCAGGUCAUUUAUUUAUAUAUAAAAGGUUCGGAUCUGAUCUUGGAUUAGCAUAUGUUGCAAGUAUGUGCAAACCUGAUUCUGCAUCUGGUGUUGAAUCAUAUGUUACUUCUAUUUUGGUCUCAUUUGCUACCAUUUUUUCCCAUGAGUUGGGUCACAACCUUGGCAUGAAGCAUGAUGACAGGGAUUGUAUUUGUGAACUACCAGACUGCAUUAUGGCCAGACGACAUACCCUCUCUCAUAAAUUUAGCAACUGCAGUUAUAAUGAUUAUUAUACAGAAAUAAUUUGGGGUAGAAAAGAAUGUAUGAAAAAACAGCCAGAUCCCCAUAAACUGUUUAAGCUCAAAUACUGUGGAAAUGGAAUAGUGGAACAUGGAGAGGAAUGUGACUGUGGUUCAAAAUUUAAAUGUGAAUCAGAUCCAUGUUGCCUGUCAGAUUGCAAGUUGCGUUCCGGUGUCACUUGUGCUUUUGGAGAGUGCUGUUCAAAAUGCCAAUAUCUUCCGGCUGGAACGGUUUGCAGGCAAAGUGUUAGUGUCUGUGAUCUUCCAGAGUAUUGCAACGGGACUUCAGAAUGGUGUCCUGAAGAUGCUUAUGUACAAGAUGGUGCCCCAUGUCCAGAUGGUGCCUACUGUUAUCAUGGGAAUUGCUCUACUCACAAAGAACAGUGCAAAGUGAUCUUUGGUUCACAAGCAACAGUUGCUUCAGAGGUCUGCUUCAGAGAAUUGAAUGCUCGACAUGAUCGUUUUGGCCACUGUGGCAUUACAACAGACUCAGUUUUUAAGGAGUGCAAAGCUCAAAACGUUUUUUGCGGCAGGAUCCAGUGUGAAAACAUUAAUUCUUUACCUUCAUUGGAGGAGCACAAUACCAUAAUUCAAACUCGUAUUGAUCGUAGGCUAUGCUGGGGAACAGAUUACCAUAAAGGAAUGGGGAUAGCUGACAUUGGAGCCGUUAGAGAUGGAACGCCUUGUGGCAAAGGCAUGAUAUGUAUUAACAGGGAAUGUGCCAGUGUUUCUGCACUGAAGUAUGAUUGUAAUGUAACAAAGUGCCAUCAUCGAGGAAUAUGCAACAACCGCAAACAUUGCCACUGUGAUUAUGGCUCAGCUCCUCCAUACUGUGUAGAUAAAGGUUAUGGUGGCAGCAUUGACAGUGGUCCCCCUCUGCCCCAUAAGGUUAUUAGUGUCGGGCAGGUAUAUUUAACACCCUCAAGGAUAGAUGACUCACGGUUGAAAUUUGAGGAUUCAGUCCAACCCAGAAUUAAUGAUCAGGUGAACAAAGGGUGA